GGCCUGGGCCCGGGCCUGCUGUGGUGGGCUCGCUGGGCGCCUGGGUUCGCGUCCUGCCGCAGUCUCUGCUCCAGCUUUGCCCACUUCCCAGCCCAAUAGGGGUGGGCUCGAGGAAGACCUGCCGGAGCCAUGGACGACGAAGUGGUCCGUAUCGCCAAGAAGAUGGACAAGAUGGUGCAGAAGAAGAACGCGGCUGGAGCAUUGGAUUUGUUGAAGGAGCUUAAGAAUAUCCCUAUGACCCUAGAAUUAUUACAGUCCACGAGAAUUGGAAUGUCAGUAAAUGCUAUACGCAAGCAAAGUACAGAUGAAGAAGUUACAUCUUUAGCAAAGUCUCUCAUCAAAUCUUGGAAAAAGUUAUUAGAUGGGCCAUCAACUGAUAAAGACCCUGAAGAAAAGAAAAAAGAAACUACAGUUACAUCACAGAAUAGUCCUGAAGCAAGAGAAGAAAGUAGCUCCAGUGGCAACGUAAGCAGCAGAAAGGAUGAAACAAAUGCUCGUGAUACCUAUGUUUCAUCUUUUCCUCGGGCACCAAGCACUUCAGAUUCCGUACGGUUAAAGUGUAGGGAGAUGCUUGCUGCAGCUCUUCGAACAGGAGAUGACUAUGUUGCUAUUGGAGCUGAUGAGGAAGAAUUAGGAUCUCAAAUUGAAGAAGCUAUAUAUCAAGAAAUAAGAAAUACAGACAUGAAAUACAAAAAUAGAGUACGAAGUAGGAUAUCAAACCUUAAGGAUGCAAAGAAUCCAAAUUUAAGGAAAAAUGUACUGUGUGGGAAUAUUCCUCCUGACUUAUUUGCUAGAAUGACGGCAGAGGAAAUGGCUAGUGAUGAGCUCAAAGAGAUGCGGAAAAACUUGACCAAAGAAGCCAUCAGAGAGCAUCAGAUGGCUAAGACGGGUGGAACCCAGACUGACUUAUUCACAUGUGGCAAAUGUAAAAAGAAGAAUUGUACUUAUACACAGGUACAGACUCGUAGUGCUGAUGAACCAAUGACAACAUUUGUUGUCUGUAAUGAAUGUGGAAAUCGAUGGAAGUUCUGUUGAGUUGGAAGAAUUGGCAAAAUGUCUGGACCACUAAGAAAAUGGAUUUUUGUAAUUAGCUUUAAAGCUAGGCCAAGCAACUAGUUUCCUGCAAAUCAGAUUUUAAAAGUAACUAUAUCCCUUGAGUUAGUCUUUGUUUUUGACAUAGCACCCCUUCCUACAUGCCUUCUGUAGUUUCAUUUCAGUAGGGAGACCUUAUAAUUGUAUGGUAUCUGUUUCAAAACAUGUUUUUCUUUUUUUAUAAGUAAGAUGAUAUUAAACUUUUAUCAACUAAACUUUGGGCAGUUAGUUUUUACUUUUUCUUCUUAAAGGAAACAUACCUUAAUAUUUUGCCAGCCUGAAACUGAAAUAAGUUAUUCUUCUCAGUUAAUACAUAAAUGAAAAUUACAUUUUUCUCCCAUAUUGUUAUGUACUUAAAAAUAUUAAAGUAGAAGAGGCAGUAUAAUUUCAGGUUUACCAAAUAUGAUGUGUAUUCAAAUAAUACUUGACCAGUUUAUCUAAAUUGUACAUAAUAUUUGAAAUAGCAUAUGAAAUUGAUUUUAAUUAUUAUGUUCACAAGUCUGGGAUAAUUGGAUAUUAUUUUGCAUUUGUAACUGAUCAUUUCUUGUAAUUUCUUGUACAUGUUUAUUGUUCUUAAUAGGUUUGACUUCAGAAACAAGGCUUGCUUUGUUGAAAUCAGUUUGGUUUGUUGUUUAUUUAGCUGUUUGACUU